CUAAUUUUUUGACGUUCUGUUACAUGUGUUCGGAAUUAGAACAAAGUAAUCCUUCUCGAACCUCAAAAGUGCAAUUUUCUUCCCAUGCUUAAAAUCUCGGGAAUACACUUGCAAUUCUUAUGUUGAACAAACACGUCAGUUCAGAAAUGCCAUUUAUGUAAAGGGAAUGCUGAGAGGGUUAUGUUAUUUGAAUGACGGAAAUAUGAUUUUAUUUUUUUUAAAAUAUCCAAUACAUGAAGCGUGUACAGUAAUAAGUGAAUUCAAAAUAAGAUGAAAGCCUUUUUAUAUGUAUUCUUCACAUUUCAUGUUAUAAUAAGUUGCACUUUGAUUGUAAACUAUGAAGCGGAAAUUACCAAUAACGUUGCACCCAGCGAAACUCCAGACAUAGAAAAUUUGUCUACAGUUACGCAAAGCAAUGAUCUGUUAGAAAAUGAGCCCACCCCCAUAUCUGGAGGCACCAUAGAGCCUACUAUUUCAAAUCUGAAUCUUAGUAGUGACAAAAACCAAGCAGAAAACAUAAGUACUUCUAUUAGCAGUACAACAAAUAGAUUUGGAGUAUUUCUUGUCUCACAAUAUUGAUGCCAUGUUUGAUUCCCAAUAAUGUUGUCAAGGAUCAGUUACCACACCAGUCUUCAAAAGCAUCAAAUGUAUGAAAAAGAAAUUAGUUCACUAGUAGAUACCCACACAUUACCUGUCAUUGAUAUCCCAAUUGAUGAAUAGAGAAAGUGUCACCAACCACAUGAUGUGACUUGUCAGUAAGGGGAUCAUUGAAUGUUCAGUCAUUGGUGUUAACUAUGCAAAAGUUGCAUAAACUAAAAAUAUGCUGAGUAGGAUCUGUUUGUUUCUUGUCUCUGUGAUCAUGAUCAGUCAUCUACAAUGUUGUUUCAUACCUGUGGACUAUUAUAUGGCCAAUGCUCCUCCUAAUUUUCAGAAGUCUCAGUAAUGACACCCCAGUAGUAUUAUCAGACAGUCUGAAUAGUGAGCCAGAGAAGAUUGCCGAACCAGUACCUGUGAUAACUUUAAGCGAUGAAGUGCCACAAAAAGUUGUAACUCAAAGUAAGACAGAGGUCAAAGUAGACAAUGGAACGCAAGAUGCUAAGAAGGAAGUUGAUAGUGCCAAUGCAGUUAACGAGAAUAUAACAGGAGGUAAAGCAGAGGAGAUCCCUUCAUUUAGUGAAUGGGCGCAGAAGCGUUUGGAGGAAGUUGAGAAGAAUGAACAGAACACCUCUGUCAAAGGCCAUACAACGAAUGGAAAGGAGAAGAACACUAAACAAAUGUGGAAGAAUUAUGCGUCAAUGGACUGCGGUGCAAAACUAGUGGCAGCCAAUGCAGAAGCCCAAAGCGCAAAUUCCAUAUUAUCACCUUCCACUGACGAAUAUAAACUGAAUCCUUGCACUAGUCGGAUAUGGUUCGUUGUAGAACUGUGCGAGGCCAUACAACCAAAAAGAAUUGAUCUGGCUAAUUAUGAAUUAUUUUCUUCAUCUCCAAAGGAUUUUACUGUAUCAGUGAGCGAAAGAUUCCCGACUAGAGAUUGGAUGCAAGUAGGAAAAUUCACUGCAAAGGAUGAAAGAGACGUGCAAAGUUUUGACGUUGACUCUCACAUUUUUGGAAAGUAUAUAAAAGUAGAAAUCAAGUCGCAUUAUGGAUCAGAACAUUAUUGUCCUUUAUCGCUGUUUAGAGCUUAUGGAACGUCGGUGUUUGAAGUACUACAGAAAGAAGACCCAACUCACGAAAACCGGAACGAUGACGACGAUGAUGACAAUGAAGACGACACAAUCCUUAACGAAGGCUCCGAAACGAACCUUUUCAACUCAGCUAAAGACGCUGUUAUCUCGAUCGUUCGCAAAGCAGCCGAAGUUUUGGGCAACAAAGUUAACAACAAAACAGCUACGAACCAUCUGAACAACACAGAAUCUAACUUGCACACUUGCGUUCAUCCUCGAUAUUCUGUGGUCUGCCCCAAUGAAUCUCUCUGUGAUAGAAUCUACGAAUUACUCAGUUGUAGUUCAGACUUUAUUGGACACAUUGUCGCUAUACCCAGAGUAUACAAAGCAUUAUGGAACUCAGAUGUAUGUGAGAUCUUUGGCAUUGAGUUAGAGGAACAACCCAAAGAGUUCUGUCACUCCAACUCGGUAACGCCCUUCUUCACCAUCGAUUACUUGGGUGCAAUGUGCAACGAGGCUUUAGUGGUAGGUGGACAAGCUACGUUAAACGUCAGCCAACAGUUCUUGAACAUCACCAAGAAGCUUACAACAGAAAAGAUCGUUCAUAUUAAUGUGAAAGAAAAGAAUAUCAAUGAAGAAGUUUUGAACGAGAAAGUAGCGACUGUGAAGAAUGUGACAGAAAGCAAAGUAGAAAACGUGAAUGAUACCGUCGAUGACAAUAGUACUGUGCAGAUUAAACCUACCAAGGUAGUUCCUGAAGACCAAACACUUCCUCAAACAGCAGACCCUAAUGAAACUAAAGCUGAGGAACCGACAGUCGAAGUAAUUACAUCAGCACCUGCAGAGCCAUCAACUACUCAUGUGGAAGGAUCUGCAGAACUGAAUAUUAGCGGAGAUGGAGAGCUGCAUCCGGAAACUACGGAACAUCUGGAGGAUCAUAUUGAUCACAUCAUUUCUGACCUGAACGGGGAUACUCAAACGACGACACCUAGUGCCACAACGAAUGCCCCUCAAGGACCGAAAGAGUCGAUAUUUUUAAGGCUGUCAAAUAGAAUCAAGGCUCUAGAACGCAACAUGUCCAUAUCUAGUCAAUACCUGGAAGAGCUGAGUAGGCGUUACAAGAAACAAGUGGAAGACAUCCAGAACCUUCUUGAAAAGACCAUUGUCACUUUACGCGAAGAAAACAGCAAGCGUAACAAACAGCUGGAAGAACGUCUCGACCAUCUAACAUUUACAUUAGAGUCAUACAAGAGACAGUUUGUCAUGACCGUAUUCUAUAUCUGUAUUUUUCUUGCUGCUCUGGGUGGUGGUCUGUACUUUUUUUGUCGGACGCCAGCCCAGAGCGUUCAACGAACGAUUGAGAAGGCCCCUGAAAUUCUGCGUCGCAAAUCUGUCGAUGAUUUGACCGGAACUGCCAAGGACAAGAAGAAAAGGCGACCCAGUGAUCAGGUACUGAAAAUAGUCCGGUACUCAACAGUAAGCAAUGAAGAAAAAAUCCGGAAGCCGAAAAAGAGAAGAAAAAAACCGAUACUACCAACUUCGGACUCUUUUCCGAGUUACAAGUCAGACAAAAGCUGUGAUACAAUAGAUGAUAAAACGGUGGACUGGGUUGAAGUUACCAAUCAAAUUGGAGACAUACCUUUCGCAUUAGAAGAAAGUGACAACUUAACUUUGGAACUUAGCGAUUUGCCAACUGAAUUAGAUAGUAGUAAAUUUAGUGCUGAAAGUAGAAAUGGAAAUUCCAAGGCUGAACUUAGGGCUAAAAGUGAAGUGAGAGAAGUAAACGAGUCGUCCUGUUCAGUACAGUAUAAAAGGAGUAAUUCUGAUGGCCUACCGACACCUGUUAAAGAGAAGAAAGAAAAGAAGGGAUUUAGAAGGCUUUUCAAAAGAGUAUUUUAGGAUAUUUUAAAUAUUUUUUAUAUUUACGUAAUCUCGCUUUUUAUUUAUUGUAAGUUAUAUUAGUGUUUACAUUUUCGAGAAUAAGCUUGGUUAUUAUGCAAAUAAAAAAGUUAACUAGUA